AUGGUGUAUUAUGUCAAAUUGGUUUGUGUGACAAUGAUUGUUAUGUUAAUCAUGGCCAAUAGUGACGCUUUUGUUCGAUCUUCUCAACUCGAAGACGAUGAUGCUUUCGCUGAGCACAACAUUAACUUGCGUGAAGUGGUUCAUAGAUUCGCUCGCAAAUCUGACAAAUGUGUUGGUCGUGGUGAUGAUUGUAGUGGUGGUCGUCAAUGUUGCUCCAAACGUACUUGUAAUUGGUUUGGUAUUGGUCCUAUUGUUCGUUAUUAUUGCGCGUAA